AUGGCCACCAACGAAAGUAACGUCGUCCACGCCCUGCGGGAGCGGAAGCACUACGACGCGUUCCACUGGGUGCCGCCGAGCGGCGAGUUCAUCGCCGCCAAUGACGUCAAGGAUUACUUCAUGAUUUGCCUCCGCGCGAUUGGCGGGUGGAGCCCGCGGCGCAGCGAUUGCGACGAGGAGGAGGAAGAGGACGGCGAGGGAGGGAAGGGAGAAGGCCAAGAACUGCCAGAAGAAGCGGAGGGUGGGAAGCCAAGCAUUGCGGUGCAACUCGGUGGCGAAAAGUGGCGGCGGCGGCGGUGGAGGUGGCGAAGCCGCGGCGGGGCGGAAACGCUAUUCGUGACGCUGCAGAUGCUGCACAUGGGGCAGCCGGUCACGCCGCUGCUGCGGUCCUCGCACACCCGCACUGACGCCUGCGCCCUCGAGGAGUGGAUCAUAUUCCCCAUCGCCGUCUGCGACGUGCCGCUUGACGCGGUGGUGGAGUGCCGCGUGUACUCCCGCCACGGCCUCGUCGGCGACAAAACGUUUCACCCCUUCACGGCAAGCGGAAGACUCAAGACGGGGCCGCGGUGUUACAGGCUGUGCACUGACGGCGCCGCAGGUUUGCGUGAAACGGCGCCACCGCAGUGGGAGCUGCUCGCGCGGGACCUUCACGAUGGUCUGAUGCAGGCCGUCCCGUGGAUGGACAAACUCGUCGAGCGGCGUCUCACGGAGAUGCACGGGGCACGGGAGGAUGCGAGCCGCACCGCGGUCGCCGCAGGUUGCGCCUCGCCGACGCUUUCCUUGCUGUUUCCGCUGCUGCGGGGCCGCCUGCCGGUCUUCCACCUCUCCGUGCCGCAGAACAUGCUGCCCGCCGUGCCGCCGUCUAUGCCACCUCCGACGACGCCAACGCGACCCUACGUUGACCUCUGCGUGGGUGACGAAAACCUUUGCGAGGCGAAGGCGCACGCCCUGUCUAAGUCCUUGUUUUUGAUCUCCGACGCGGAUGCAGAGGCCCAGCCGGGCCCCGUGGAGCGGCGCCAACUGCAAGAAAUCCUGCACAAGCCACUGAUUCACUUGGAGGGUCUCAAAGUGGACGAUGAGCUGCUGCUCUGGCGAUUUCGCUUUUUCCUGGCGCGCGAUCCUGCGUACUUUGUGCUCUUCAUGCGCUGCGUCAACUGGUGCAAUGAGGCGGAGCGGCAGGAGGCCCUAAAAGUCAUGCAGCAAUGGAAACCGAUUAGCUUCUCGCAGGCGUUAGUGUGUGUCUCCUUUUACUUCCGCGAGGUGGCGUACGUGCGGAGGUACGCCAUUAGUUUACUGGCCCGGCACUCCGACGACCACCUCCUCCGCUUCCUGCUGCAGCUGGUGCAGGGCGUGCGGUACGACGUGAAGGACGAGCUCGAGCAAUUUCUCGUGCGGCGGGCGUUGGGCUGCUGGGAAUUGUGCUCCACCCUUUUUUGGUACGUCCACGUGGAGACCCUGCUGGAGCGGUCUGCCGCCCCCGACAGCCGCCACGGGCAGGAGCGCGAGCGGUACGCCGAAUUUCUUCAGCACCUUUUGGUUGCGGUAGAGGAGGUGAAGCCACACUUUCUGCAGCGCCUUCGCCGGCAGGUGAAGCUGACGGGGGUGCUGCGUUGUUUGUACCGAACAAUCCUCAAGGACCCGCGGGACCGCGUGCGGCGCAUGGAGUUCGCCACCACGCUUAUCGACUCGAAGAAGUGCGGCAUACACGAACUCUUCGCGUCUCCAGCAGAGGCGCGGGGUGGCGGCAAGGCGGCGGACGGCGCCAGCGCCGUGACACUUCCCACGCACCCCUGCUUUGUCGCGGAGAACAUCACCUCCGACGGCUUCUACCUGUUCAAGAGCGCCAAGAUGCCCAUGAAGGUCCCCUUCAUUGUCCGCCCAGGCGGCGGAGGGGGCUCCCGCACGGCUGCACCGGAGGCUGCCGACUCGCCGGGCCCAACUUUUGUUCCACUUGUCACCCCUGCAUCGGAGGUGGGGAUUAUCUUCAAGAGCGGUGACGACGUGCGGCAGGAUCAACUGGUCGUGCAGCUUGUGCAGCUCAUUGACGCCAUGCUGCGGCAGGAUGGCCUGGAUCUCUGUCUCAGUCCCUACCGCGUGCUGGCAACCGGGCCGAUGGAGGGGCUCGUGGAGCUCGUGCCGAACACCGUCACGUUUCAAAGCGUGCAACGGGACAUUGCGGGGUACAUCCGCUCACAUAACGAGACGGCUGAGAAGUACGAGGCCGCCCUCUGUCGUUUUACGAAGAGCUUCGCCGGCUACUGCGUCCUCACCUUCAUUCUUGGCAUUGGCGACAGGCACCUGGAGAACCUCCUCGUAACGCACGACGGCAGGCUGCUGCACAUUGACUUUGGGUACAUUCUCGGCAACGACCCGAAGCCCUUCCCACCGCCGAUGAAAAUCAACAAGGAGAUGGUGGAGACGCUCGGCGGGCCGCAGAGCGAACGCUACGCGGAGUUCAAGCUUUACUGCUGCAGUUCCUACAACAUUGUCCGCAAACACGCACCACUCAUUCUGAGCAUGCUGCUGCUCAUGGUGGAUGCUUCUAUUCCGCAGAUAUCGGGUGACGGCAAGGUAGACCCACGCGUGAAUUUGCUGAAGGUGCAGGACAAACUGCGACUGGACCUCUCAAAUGCCCAGGCGGCGCAGUACAUCACAAACGUCAUCGCGGACAGCGUGGGGUCCAUUUUCACAAACCUCUGGGACGUCAUACACGUCGCGGCGCAGGCAACACGUCACUAG